AUGCCCAACACCUCCCUGCGCCGGCCCCAGAAGGGCUUCCGCGGCGGUCGUGGGGGCAAGCUGGCCUACCAUGGCGGCAAGACGAGAACCUUCACGGCGGCCUCCGGCAGGGCAGAGGCCACCUCCACAGACGAGAAGUGGGAGCGCACGCGGCUCGCCAACUCGAUUGACGAGAACAUGGGCUUCGCCCGCUACGAGGCCGGCCGCCCGCGCGAGGGCUGGCUGGUCAACGUGCAGCCGACGUCCAUCGAGGACCCGCGCAUCCCGGGCGGCGGCGGCCGCGCCGCCCUGGACUGCUACUUCAUCGAGGAGGACGGCGCCACCUUCAAGGCCACCGUCGAGUACGAGCCCUACUUCCUCGUGGCCGUGCGCAAGGGCCACGAGACCGAGGUCGAGGAGUGGUGCAAGCGGGUGCCCGGCGGCGGCGUCGUGAGGAGCGUCAGGAGGGUCGAGAAGGAGGACCUCAACAUGCCCAACCACCUCCUGGGCUACCGCAGGACCUUCCUCGAGCUCAAGUUCGCCAACGUCCAGGACCUGCUCGCUGCGAGGAGGGACAUCAUGCCUAUAGCCCAGAGGAACAAGAAGGGCAUGGACGCCAUGGACACAUAUGCCGAGGUUGCUGCGACCAACAACGGCAACUUUGACCUUUUUGAUGACGAUACACGAAUUGACGAGAAACGACUCAAUACCUCCAUAACCGAAGCCAGUGAUUUCCUUGUUGAUAUUAGAGAAUACGACGUUCCAUACCACGUCAGAGUAAUGAUAGAUAAAGACAUUCGAGUGGGGAAAUGGUACUUUGUAGAAGCAAAGCAUGGCGUCACGACAGUGGUGUGCAACGAGGACCACCUGGCCAUGGCGGACCCCGUGGUGAUGGCUUACGAUAUCGAAACGUGCAAGGCACCCCUGAAAUUCCCCGACGCCGCCGUGGACCAGAUCAUGAUGAUUUCGUACAUGAUCGACGGCCAGGGGUUCCUCAUCACGAACCGGGAGGUGGUCUCCGAGGACAUCGCAGACUUCGAGUACACGCCCAAACCAGAAUACCCCGGCCCAUUCAUGAUUUUCAACGAGCCGAACGAGAGAGCCGUCAUCGAGAGGUUCUUUGAACACAUCAAAGAAGCGCGGCCGACGGUCAUCGCGACCUACAACGGUGACUUCUUCGAUUGGCCCUAUGUCGACGCCAGGGCCAGCCUCAACGGCAUCGACAUGUACCACGAGAUCGGCUGGAAGAAGGACAGCGAGGACCAGUACAAAUCCAACUACUGCGCACAUCUGGACUGCUUCCACUGGGUGAACCGAGACAGUUACCUGCCGCAGGGAAGUCGUGGUCUGAAGGCUGUCACGGUGGCCAAGCUCGGCUACGACCCUGACGAGCUCGAUCCCGAACUGAUGACCCCGUACGCCGCCGAACGCCCACAAACCCUGGCCGAGUACUCCGUCUCCGACGCCGUCGCUACAUACUACCUGUACAUGAAAUAUGUCCAUCCCUUCGUCUUCUCGCUGUGUACCAUUAUCCCUCUCGGCCCCGACGACACCGAGCGGAAAGGUACGGGAACACUCUGUGAGAUGUUGUUGAUGGUGCAAGCAUACAACCACGAGAUUGUGCUCCCAAAUAAGCACGUGUCACCAAAGGAGGCCUUUUGGGAAGGUCACCUGCUGGAUUCAGAAACGUACGUUGGUGGUCACGUCGAGAGUAUCGAGGCUGGUGUGUUCAGGGCCGACAUACCAGUCAACUUUGCUGUCGACACGGGCGCAGUCGACGAGCUGCUCAAGGACUUGGACAACGCCUUGAAGUUCGUCAUCACGAUCGAGGAGAAGAAGAAACUCGAAGAUGUCGAGAACUACGAGGAGGUCAAGGAACAAAUAGCUGCCCGGCUGAUGCAGCUGAAGGAGACGCCAAACCGGAGCGAGCGGCCGCUGAUUUACCAUCUGGACGUCGCCUCCAUGUACCCAAACAUCAUGACCACGAAUCGACUGCAGCCGGACUCGAUGAUCGACGAGUCGGACUGCGCCGCGUGUGAUUUCAACCGCCCUGGCAAGACUUGCGAUAGAAGGCUGCCGUGGGCUUGGCGAGGAGAGUACCUGCCCGCCAAACGAGACGAGUACAACAUGAUCAGGCAUGCUUUGGAGAACGAGCGGUUCCCGGGGAAAUACCCAAACUCACCCAUGCGGUCAUUUCAGGAUUUGUCUGCAGACGAGCGGGCCGAUCUCAUCCGCAAGCGCCUGCAGUCAUACUCCCAGAAGGUCUACCACAAGAUCCAUGACUCCACCACCAUAGUUCGCGAGGCCAUCAUUUGCCAGCGCGAGAAUCCUUUCUACAUUAAUACCGUGCGUGACUUCCGAGACCGUCGGUAUGACUACAAGGGCAAGGCAAAGGAAUGGAAGGGAAAGACAGAGGCGCUCAAAUCUUCAGGAGCGUCUGGGCAAGACGUGGAUGCCGCCAAGAAGAUGAUCAUUCUCUUCGAUUCUUUGCAACUGGCCCACAAGGUCAUUUUGAACUCGUUCUAUGGCUAUGUCAUGAGAAAAGGCUCAAGGUGGUACUCCUUGGAGAUGGCUGGUGUCACCUGUCUGACAGGCGCUACCAUUAUCCAACUGGCUCGAGGCCUUGUCGAGCGGCUGGGUCGUCCUCUCGAGUUGGACACUGACGGUAUCUGGUGUAUGCUUCCUGCCACCUUCCCAGAGAACUUCGCCUUCAAGAUGAAGAACGGGAAGAAGCUGCCGAUUUCCUACCCUUGUGUCAUGUUGAAUCAUCUGGUCCACGACAAGUUCACGAAUCAUCAGUACCAGACACUUGUUGAUAAGAAGACGUUGAAAUACGAGACGCACAGCGACAACUCUAUCUUCUUCGAAGUCGAUGGUCCAUACAAGGCCAUGGUUUUGCCCACUUCGAAGGAAGAGGACAAGAAUUUGAAGAAGCGGUAUGCUGUCUUCAAUGACGACGGCAGUCUUGCCGAAUUGAAAGGUUUCGAGCUCAAGCGGAGAGGAGAGUUAAAGCUCAUCAAAAUCUUCCAGUCGCAAAUUUUCAAGUUCUUCCUCGAGGGGACCACACUCGCGGAAUGUUAUGCUGCGGUGGCAAAGGUUGCCAAUCGUUGGCUAGAUGUGCUCCACAGCAAGGGCACGACACUGGCAGACGAGGAACUCAUGGAUCUGAUUUCUGAGAACCGCAGCAUGACCAAGACGCUGGAGGAGUACGGCUCGCAGAAGUCCACGUCCAUCACCACCGCCAGGCGUCUGGCGGACUUCCUGGGAGAAGGCAUGGUCAAGGACAAGGGCUUGAACUGCAAGUUCAUUAUCUGCUCGCGACCCAAGAAUGCGCCUGUCACCGAGCGAGCCAUUCCUGUCGCCAUCUUCUCUGCAGAGACAGACGUCAAGCGUUCGUUCCUCACAAAGUGGUUCAAGGAGACACCCCUCGACACGGAUCCGAGGGCCCUGAUCGAUUGGGAUUAUUACUUGGAGCGUCUUGGCUCGGUUAUCCAAAAGCUGAUCACAAUCCCAGCCGCGCUGCAGAAGAUUCGCAAUCCUGUACCGCGCGUCCCCCACCCAGACUGGCUGCAAAAGAGGAUCAACAUCAAAGACGACAAGAUGAAGCAGAAGAAGCUCACGGACCUCUUCAGCAGGGAACCACUGAAGGACGUGACCAACCUCGCUGACCUGGAAGACUACGGCACCCAACUGCUGAAACCAAAGCCUGUCACCGAGAUGGUAGCGGCGUCGCAGCACAAGCCAACGCCGGCUGCACAGAAGAGGAAAUCGCCUGAGCCUGAGGAGAACCUCGACCCUUUUGCUGUACUACCGAAGGUGAUGCCGAGUCCGUCGGAAGACUACCCGGCUUUCUUGGAAUACCAAAAGAAGAAGUGGAAGAUCCAAAAGCAGGCCAGGAUACGCCGUCGUCACCUGUUCGGCGAGCGUCGUGCGCCGAUCAACAACAUCCAACAGGCGUUCCGAGACCAGGCUGAGGUCACAUUCCGCAACACGUGGCAGCUUCUUCAGCUCAAGCCGACGGAUAGCCCUGGAUUGGUGAUAGCCUGCGUCCUCAUCGAUAACAGGGUCCACUCCCUCAAGAUUAAGGUGCCACGCCAAGUGUUCCUGAACCUGAAGAGUAAGGAUCUUCCAGACAUCGACAUUGAAGGCUGCGGGGUUGAGCAGGUUAACCACACACUACCCAACGGUCACCCCUCGAGCCAUCUGUUCAAGUUGACGGUACCGGAAGAUGUUUACUUUGCCCAAGCAGAGAAGUUCUCUCUUCUCUUCAAUCAUCCCAGUGUCGAAGGAGUAUACGAGAAGCAAAUCCCUCUGAACACCCGUGCCGUCCUUCAGCUGGGCAAUCUCUGCACCAUCGACGAGAGCAAGCCGGGCGUGCUUGGCCAGGGUCUGGAUCAAGGGUUCGAACUGGCAAGUCUGAGGCGGCCACUGAAGCUGAAGACAUACCUUGGCGGUUCCAAGAUGGCGUUCAUCUACCUGUCUCACAUCAGCGCUGGCGAACGACAAAUCUUCGGGAUAUUUUCAAGCACUGGGGACGCGGCUCAUGUCGUCAUUCAGCACAAGAACAAGGAAGGUGGCCAGGACCUCCCCAACAUCAACAAGAUCUACUCGGACCUCCGUGCCCGACAUGCAAGCGAGGCGCAAGGGUCGAACUGGGAAGAUUGUUUCCCAUACCAGGAGAAGCUCACCUUCAAGAUCACCCAGGUCACGACGAGGCGGAAGGCUUUCCUCGAGAUUGGCGACGUAGUCAAGAAGAUGAGAAAGGACGAGACCAAACCGCUGGUCAUGGUCGUUCAGUCAUCGCAGACCAAUCUCCUUGUUCACGAAAUCUCCAUCCUGGGUGAGAUGCCCGUGCUCCCGCUCAAAUACAACGUCGACGACAGCUCGCUACCGCCACUUGGCUGGCAGGCUGUUGUUGCCAGGCGUCUGAUUCAUCACUAUCUCGGCCUUGGCACGUGGAUACUGCACCUCACAGCCUUGGCCAGGUAUGCUGACAUUCCGCUCUGCAACCUGGAGCGGGAGGACCCUCGCUUCUUGAUCGACGUCGCAUAUGCGAGACGCCUGCAGAACAACAACGUCGUUUUGUGGUGGUCUGCCGGGCCCCGACCGGAUCACGCAGGCUACGAGUUAGACGACGUCACAGGCCCCCUGGAGACCGUGCAGAUGCCUUCGGUCAACACGCCUGGCACAUACUCCUCGGUCUGUAUUGACUUGGAAGUCAAGAACCUCGCCAUCAACACCAUCCUGACAUCCUCCCUGAUCAACGAGCUUGAGGGCGCGGACUCGAUUUCCUUCAAUCCCGCGGGAGACGGAAUUGGCGGUGAUGGAACGGAGGUGCUGUCCUCGGACAAUGCAUUUGCCAACGCCAGCAUCCAAGUGCUUCGCGAGAUGGUGAAGAGCUGGUGGGCGGAGGCAUGCAAGGGCAACGAGAUGGCCGACAUCAUGGUUCAGCAUCUUGUCCGCUGGGUUGAGAAUCCCGACUCCUUCCUCUAUGACCGCGCCCUGCAUUACUACGUCCAGAUGAUGUCGCGCAAAGCAUUCCAGCAGCUCAUGGGCGACUUCCGCCGUGUCGGCUCUCAGGUCAUCUUUGCCAACGCCAACCGGCUGCUUCUGCAGACCACGAAGGCCGAGGUUGGCAACGCCUACGCCUACAGCCAGUAUAUCCUGAAGUCCAUCAAGGGCAAGCCGCUGUUCCACUUCAUCGACCUCGAAAUCAAGGAGUACUGGGACUACCUUGUGUGGUAUGACGAGUUCAACUACGGCGGCAAGGCGACGCAAAAGGUGAUCGAGGCCGACACGCAGAACCUGGAGACGAUCAUGCACUGGCAGAUGUCGACCUUCCUCCCCGUGCGGCUGCAGCCCACCUUCUCGGACUGGGUCAUCGAGUUCAUCACGCUCAUGCACAACAUCAAGCGGCCCCUCCUGGGCUCCGACCCGACCUCGACGCCGCGCCUGACCCAGCUGCCGCAGAACAACCGCGCCAACCUGGCCGAGGGCGCCGAGGGCCAGGUCAUCCUGGGCAAGGCCUUCGAGAAGCCCCUGAAGCGCGACAUCCAGGGCCUCGUCGCGGCGCAGAAGCGCGAGCUGCUCCACCCGGAGCUGGCGGCCGACUACGCGUUCCCCGAGCUGCCGGGCAGCCACCUGAGCCAGCUCAACGGCAGGGGCGGCGGCGGCAACGCGGUCCUGGAGCUGGUCAAGAUGCUGGCGCAGGUGCUGUCGCUCGACAAGAACAUCGCGCUCGAGGCGCGGCUGCUGCGCAAGGAGCUGCUGGCGCUGUUUGACGUGCGCGAGUUCAGCAGGGAGGGCGCGUUCGCCAACCCCUCCGAGACGCUGCGGGUGCCGCAGGUGAGCUGCGACAGCUGCACGAUGGCGCGGGACCUCGACUUGUGCCGGGACGAGGGCCUGAUGCCCGAGGCGCCCGGGGCCGCCCCGCCGCCGUGGGCGUGCGGGUUCUGCGGGGCCGAGCACGGCCGCAACGGGCUCGAGGAGCGGCUCGUCGCCGACGUCGAGGGGAUGGCCGUCGCGUGGGCGGCGCAGGACCUCAAGUGUGUCAAGUGCGGGGCGCUGAGGGUUAAUGAUUUUGUCGAGCACUGCACGUGCUCUGGCGGCUGGGGGGAGACGGUGCGCCGCGAGGAGGUGGUCGGGCGGUUGAGGGUGUACCGGAAUGUUGCGAGGUUCUACGGGCUGCGGAUGCUUGGGGAUGUUAACUUCUCCCUAUCAUGCCAUCGACUGAGCCGUAACAUAUGGCGAGGCUUACCGCUUCCGCCGCAUGUUUUUCAUUCCGAAACAGUUGAAGCCCGGGAGCCUUCUCUAGGACAGAUGGCCCUUAGUAUAGUAUUUCGGUGUUUCUUAUGA